AUGAUAAUGAUCUCGUAUUUUCCUCAACGGGGCGGGCCCCUCGAUCAACGCGUUCAAGACAAUGAACUUAAUUAUGUAGGCAACAUUCAACAUAAUGGCGGAGAACUAAACCUCCUUCAAGACUAUAAUAGCGGGGUUCCUUUGCAAUAUCGUGUGAAUUUUCCUGUCAGCUCGCCUUUACCGAGACUCACAUCAAUAUCAGCUAACGAUGUUCCGCUAUGCUUUGCAUCUGGAGAUGUCCCAGGUCCCGGUCAAUACGUGACUACAAUUACUCUGCAGCAUUCAUUAUUUCUCCGAAACAACUUCAAUGGUAUUGGUUCACCUCAACCCAGUUUUAAGCCAGGUGGACCACAAAACGUACAGUUCUCACGCCCUCCCUACCGUCAACCUGAUUAUGAAGUGUAUCAAGUUUUAGAACCGGCAAAGCCAGCGCAAGUGCCACCUCAAGUGUAUCCCCAAGAUGUUUACCCUCAAAGAGACCCCGAACGUCAUCCACAAACCACGAAGCCACCAAGACCCCCGCCAGCUUAUUCCGAGCCAGAAGUUUAUAAUGACUAUCUCAACCAAAAUCAGUAUUCAAACGAAGAUGUUAGGCCGAUACAGUCCGUUACGCCUCCUAGACGUACACAAAAGCCUACAACUAGACCACCGCCAGCUCCUGAACCGUUAAAUAGAGACGAAACCGAAUCCAAACAAUGUGGCGUGUCGUCAAUUAACACUGUGCCCCUGAUAUUCCAAGGCAGCAGUUAUCAGCGGGGAGAGUGGCCUUGGCUUGUUGCCAUCUACAAGAAGAGAGCGAGCAGCAUCUCUUACAUAUGUUCAGGGACAUUGGUUUCGGAUCAACAUGUGGUAACAGCGGCACAUUGCAUGCAUGGGCAGUCCAGAAAGACAGACAUAAUCGUUAAAGUUGGCGUGUUUAACUUGGAAGACGAUUGGGGAGACGACAUCACAGUUACCAGGAAGCUGAGUGACGCUGCCAUACACGAGGGAUACAAUAAGACAACUCUUGCUAAUGACCUCCUGGUAAUGACAUUAGAGCGAGCUGUGACUUUUAACACUAACAUAAAACCAGCGUGUCUUUGGAGUGGAAAUACGGAUCUCAACAGAAUAGUUGGCACCACAGGUGUGGUGGCAGGUUGGGGAGCGAAUGAACAAGGCGCAGGCGGUACUGGCGAGCCUCUUAUGGUCCGUAUUCCAGUUGUCAGCACAAAGGAGUGUCGAGCCAGUAAACCAGAAUUCCACAGAUUGACAUCACAGAAAACUCUAUGUGCAGGUGAUAAGAAAGGAUCCGGGCCUUGUUUAGGAGAUUCUGGUGGUGGACUUUAUAUCUUGGACAAUGGUCGCUGGAAGUUACGUGGUGUUGUAUCGCUAGCCCUCCUUUCACAGAACGGAGAUGCCACUUGUGAUCUUAACGAAUAUGUAGUGUUUACUGAUGCUGCUCAAUAUCUUCCAUGGAUUAAAGAUAAAAUGUCUAAAUUAAGUAGUAAUUAA